AUGGAUGAAAGUAUCAACCAAGAACUACCUAGGAAUAAUAAUGCUGAAAAUAAUUCUGCUUCGAAUGAACGUUCUCUUCCUCCCGCGACUAACGAAAGUCAGUCACAAACUUCUAGUGUUCGGGGGAAAGCUAAUCCUGCUUGGAGAUACGUUGCUUUACAAAAUAUAAAUGGAAAACCGCAUUACCAAUGCUUAUUUUGUCUGAGUACUUUUGGGGACGGGGGAAUUAAUAGAAUGAAAAAGCAUUUGGCGAAGAUAGGUGGAGACAUUAAGAAGUGUUUUAAGGUCCCGUAUGAUGUAGAAAAACAAAUGGAAGGUUUAUUGAAAGAGAUUCAGAAAAGUAAAACUAGUAAAAGGAAAGUAAGUUUCAACGAAGAGUGUACCGAUGAGUGUGAGGAUGCAAUUGAUGAAGCAAUAGCGCAAGAAGAACAACAAACUCCGAGUCAGUUACCAACUAAGGAGGUUAUUGGAGGCGAUCCAAAAAAGAAAGCAAAAACCAUUAUUCCUCCUAUGAUUCCUUUCAAUGCGGUUAUGUCACCCUUUUUUCAAGAUAUGUUGGAUGGUGUAGCUGGCUUUGGGCCUGGUUAUAAAGGUCCUUCUUAUGACUCUUUGAGGGUUAACUUAUUAGCCGAUCUCAAAAGGGAGUGUCAAAUGGUUGUUGAUAGCUAUAGUUCUGCUUGGAAAGAAACUGGAUGUACUCUCAUGGCUGAUGGUUGGACAGAUCAAAGGCAAAGAACAUUGAUUAAUUUUUUGGUUUAUUGUUCGAAAGGGUUGUGCUUUGUGAAAUCUGUAGAUGCCUCAAGUAUGGUUAAAAAUGCUUCAAGCUUGUGUAACUUGUUUUCAGAGGUGAUUGAAUGGAUUGGACUUGAUAAUAUUGUUCAUGUAGUGACUGAUAAUGCUGCGAAUUAA